AUGAGCUCGCUCCGCUCCGGCUGCUUCCCGGGAGCCCCGCUCGCUCCCCCGAAAGUGACAAACCGCCGGAGCCGGGGACUCGCUCCUGCCCCCCGGCCCGGAGACAUGGGAGCGCCCCGCACCUGGGCGCGGUGGGCUGCGCUCUGCUGCGCGCUCUGGCUGCCUCUCGGCUGGGCAGGAGAGUGCAAACAGCUGGAGCCCUGUGAGAGGUGCAUUGAAGGAGACGCUUCCCGGAACAUCACCGGCUGUGUGUGGACGCGCUGCGGAGCCGCGGAGGAGCCAGGGCCCGGGGGCUGCAUUGGGAAGGGAGAAGCCACCAAGGAGACGUGCGCCGUCUACAAUGUCACUGCUACAUGUCCAGCGCGGAGAUCGCCUACCAAGGAGCCUCCGCGCGCAUCCACCAAGGAGACUCAGCGAGCGUCCACCCAGGAGCCUGAGAUCCUCACCCCAGGGACGACGGCCGGCCCCCCACGGACCGCCAUCCCCGAGUUCCGCCCGCCUGGCUUCGACUCGGCCAGCUUCGUGGGGGGGAUCGUCCUCGUGCUGAGCGUCCAGGCCGUCUUCUACUUCAUCGUCAAGUUCCUCAAGUCCAAGGACAGCACCUACCAGACGCUGUAA